UUUCAUCUAUAAAAUGAUUCUUCUCUUGACAAACAAUUCAUUUGGUUCAAAGUCCUAAUUACAUUGUCCCUUCUUUAUUUCUUUGCUUUGCACUAGCAAGAUGGUCUACUUGUGCUUGGUCUUGCUUCACAUUUUUUUUAGCAUUGUUCAAAUUCAUUCAGCACCAAGAGAGUCCCUCAUAACCAAGCUUCCUGGCUUCAGUGGUACUAUACCUUCCAAGCACUAUGCUGGGUAUGUGACAGUGGAUGAAAAUCAUGGAAGAAACUUGUAUUACUAUUUUGUUGAAUCACAAGCUAAUCCAUCAAAAGACCCUGUGGUUCUAUGGCUUAAUGGUGGUCCUGCAUGUUCUAGCUUUGAUGGAUUCAUAUAUGAACAUGGUCCUUUUAAUUUUAUUAAAUCAAAGACUAAGGGAGCCUUGCCUACAUUGCAACUAAAUCCAUACAGCUGGUCAAAGGUUUCUAAUAUUAUAUAUUUGGACUCUCCUGCUGGAACUGGGUUUUCAUAUUCAAAGAAUGUCUCUGAUUAUAAAACUGGAGAUAUAAAGACUGCUUCUGAUACUCAUACUUUUCUACUCAAAUGGUUUGAAUUAUACCCUGAGUUCCUUGCCAAUCCAUUAUUCAUUGCUGGAGAGUCUUAUGCUGGAGUUUAUGUGCCUACUCUAGCUGAUAAAAUAGUGCAAGGAAUUGAAGCUGGUACUAAGCCCAAAUUGAAUUUUAAGGGUUAUAUGGUUGGAAAUCCAGUUACUGAUGAUAUAUUUGAUGGCAAUGCUCUUGUUCCUUUUGCACAUGGAAUGGGUCUUAUCUCUGAUCAAAUAUUUGAGGAUGUAACAAAAGAUUGUAGGGGGAAAUUUUAUGAGUCAGACAGUCUUGAUUGUUCGCAUCAGCUGUCAAAAGUUGAUAAGGUACUAAAUAAAGUAAACGUAUAUGACAUUUUGGAACCAUGUUAUCAUGGUGGAGAGAAAGAGGAGAAUCAAAAAUCAAAUUCUAAAUUGCCAUUAAGCUUUAGGCAAUUGGGUAAAACCGAUAGACCUAUUGCUGUGAGGAAAAGAAUGUAUGGUCGUGCUUGGCCCUACAAAAUUUCUGUGAAAGAUGGAAUUGUACCAACUUGGCCACAACUUACAAGCAACAAUAUCUAUACUCCUUGCACGGAUGAUGAGGUUUCUGUUAUAUGGCUGAAUAAUCGCGACGUCCGAAAAGCUAUUCACACUGUGGAGGAAAGUGUGGUGGAGGAAUGGGUCUUAUGUACUGGCGACGAAGUUACAUACACUCAUGAUACCGGGAGCAUGAUUCCGUACCACAAAAACCUAACUUCCAAAGGUUAUCGCGCAUUAGUAUACAGUGGUGAUCAUGACAUGUGUGUCCCAUAUACUGGAACUGAAGCAUGGACAAGAUCAAUUGGAUAUAAAAUUGUUGAUGAAUGGAGGUCUUGGUCAGUCAAUGAUCAAGUUGCUGGGUUUAUACAAGGCUAUGCCAACAAUUUCACAUUUCUAACAGUAAAGGGGUCUGGGCAUACUGUUCCAGAAUAUAAGCCACAGGAAGCAUUGUAUUUUUACCAACAUUUUAUAAAUGGGUUGCCUAUAUAAGAACCAAAAAGGGUUUAUACUAUAGUGCUUCAUUAAGCAUUUCAAAAAUGUACAAAGAAGAUAAGUUAUAUGUAUUCUUUCUUUAUAUGCCUCUCUAUAUCAACACCAUGUCUAUUAAAUAUUUUAAGG